CCCCGCCACAACGUUAUCCUCGUAGAUGUGGCCAGAGCUUUUGCAGCCAAGAGCAGGUCCGGCCACCUCCCACCCCACGUAUUAACAAACAAAACGAGGCUCCCGAAGCAGAAGCAGCAUGGAGCUGAGGCCGCCCUGCGACCGCCGUGAGCACGCUCUCUAGCCAGCCGGGCCGGCCAUGGCGGCCACCGUUCUCUUCCCACCGGCUGCGCAGUGCCGCCACCGCGCUACCGCGACGACGAGCGGGCGGGGCGGCGGCGCCCUUCCCUCGCAUUGCGCACUACUACUGCUCCCCCCUCGGCACCGGCGCCGGCGCCGGGGAUCGGUGAGGGCCGUGCCGCCUGAGCAGAGCAGCUUGCCAGCGGCGGCGGCUGUGUACGGGAGUGCUGGCGACGUCAAGGCGGCGCUGUACGGAGCGCUGGAAGGCGCCAACCGAGGGAUAUUCGGGAUGACGUCCGCCAAGCGCUCGGAGAUCCAUGCCCUGGUGGAGCUGCUCGAGUCCAGCAACCCCACGCCGGAGCCCACCGCCAAGCUCCAGGACAAGGUGGAUGGAUGCUGGAAGCUCAUCUACAGCACGAUCUCAAUACUGGGGAAGAAGAGAACCAAGCUAGGACUGCGAGAUUUCAUCAGCCUAGGGGACUUCCUCCAGAUAAUUGACGUCAAAGAGGAAAAGGCGGUGAAUGUGAUAGAGUUCAGCGCGAGAGCAUUGAAGAUACUGUCGGGGAAGCUCACCAUCGAAGCUUCGUACAGUGUUACUAGCCAAACAAGAGUGGAUAUCAAGCUUCAGAGUUCAACUAUCACCCCUGAGCAGCUGAUGAAUAUAUUUCAGAAGAACUACGACAUGCUCCUGGACAUAUUCAAUCCAGAGGGCUGGCUGGAGAUAACAUAUGUUGAUGAAUCUUUACGGAUUGGAAGAGAUGACAAAGAGAACAUAUUCGUGCUAGAGAGAGCAGACCCAUCAGAAGUUUGACAAACUUGGUGAUGCAGUUUAUGGGCACAGCUGCACAGGCGGUUCAUAAUUUUGCGACAGGCGGAAAAGAUAGCACUCUUGGUUAUUGACAGUUCGAUGCAGACAUUCUACUCAAAGUAAAAAACUUUUCUUCCUCAAAUGAAGUAGCUAUAUAUACACACAGACACAUGCCUUUUUUUUUUUUUUUUCUUUUUGAGUUUUAAAGAGCAUAGAAGAGCAGCAUAUGCGUUCUCUAAAAAGGAUUAUGCAAUGGGAAAUUGAUCAAACAGCAAACAGCUGUUGUGUUUGGAUAUUAUAAGUAUAUGCCAUUGCUCAACAAUUCGUCCUUGUAA